UGGGGCACCGAGAGCGGGUCACACAGCCUAUUUCCUGUUUUCAAACGGGGAACUUCGAAGCGGCUGCUCACGGGCGCCUGGAGCAGAGCGGAGCUGAAGACGGCCAUGUGAUACGCCUCCCGGACCCCUGGACCCACACAGGACCAGAGAGGCUUCAGCUUUGGAGCAUGGCAAGCCCCGAGCACCCCGGAAGCCCUGGAUGGACGGGACCCAAAGCCAAGUGCAUGGCAUGGACCAAGCAGGAAGCAUCAGCCGAUGGCCGAGACCACCCGUGUCCAGGACCUGAAGGGCACUUAGACGCGCAAGGCAGCCCCAGCCCCAACUCCAGCAUGACCACUGCGGAGCUGCAGGAGUACUGGCGGAAGGAGAAGCGCUGCUGGCGGCGUGUCAAGCUGCUCUUUGAGGUCGCGUCCGCGCGCAUCGAGGAGAGAAACGUCUGCAAAUUUGUGAUGUACCAAAUAGUCGUCAUCCAGACAGGGAGUUUUGACAGCAACAAAGCCGUGCUGGAGCGGCGCUAUUCAGACUUUGAGACGCUCCAGAAAAACCUCCUCAAGACGUUCAGGGAAGAGAUCGAAGAUGUCGCCUUCCCCAAGAAGCACCUGAUGGGCAACUUCACCGAGGAGAUGAUCUCGGAGCGCAAGCUGGCCUUCAAGGAGUAUCUGAGCCUGCUGUAUGCCAUCCGCUGCGUGCGGCGCUCCCGCGAGUUCAUCGACUUCCUCACGCGCCCUGAGCUCCGCGAGGCGUUCGGCUGCCUGCGCGGGGGGCAGUACGGCCGCGCCCUGGACAUCCUGGUGCGCGUGGUGCCGCUGCAGGAGAAGCUCACGGCCCACUGCCCGGUGAUGGUGGUCCCGGCGCUGUGCGCCAUGCUCGUGUGCCAUCGCGACCUGGAGCGCCCCGCCGAGGCCUACGCGGCCGGGGAGCGGGCGCUCCAGUGCCUGCAGGCCCGGGAGGGCCACCGCUACUACGCGCCCCUGCUGGAUGCCAUGAUCCGCCUGGCCUACGCGCUGGGCAAGGACUUCGUGUCGCUGCAGGAGAAGCUGCAGGAGAGCCAGCUCCGCAAGCCGAGCCCCUGGUGCUUCACGCUCAAGGAGCUCACCGUCCGGGAAUAUCUGUACUGAGCCCCUCCGGGGACCGGGCUGGAGAUUGCGGAUCACUGCGGCGAAUUGGGGGCUGUUUGGGGGAUUCGUGUUCAGUAGGGAGGCGCCACCUGGGGCUCUGACUUGCUGGGUGACUUGGACAAGCCCCUCCUCCGAUCGUCCAUAUCCCCAUCUGCGUGGAUCAGAGGUGCUCGCCCCCUCCCCGGCGUCCUGGGAAGCUUCUGCUUGUGUCCUAGUUCCCUUUGAUGCCAGGCUCACCUCAUCUCGAAACCACAAACCCGGCUGCCAAAACACGGGAGAGUGAGAUCCAGCUUUCUGAUGCUUUGUGGGUCGCUGGAGGGGAGGUUUACAUUGCACGCCAUGGACAGAGCUUAACCCACUUCCCACAGACAGCUCUCGCUGGCUGUCCUGUCUUUCCUCUCUGCUCCUCCUCCCUCAAGAAUGCCUGCAAAGAUCCCCACCAUUAUCCUAACUAUUCUAGCUCUUCCCUCUUAGCCUGUAGGCCUGGCCCAGCAAAACUGAAGCUCACCGCCAGCUCCUCGAGGCCAGCUUCGUCCCUGGGAUGGGGUGUAUGUCAUCCUCUCAAGGGUGGGAGGACACCGGCCUAGAACAUCAUCCUAUCAUAUGAUUUCGUGAAACAAGGCGUUUUUAGGAAGGCAAGUUGCCAACAAUUCUCUGGUUAGGAUGCUAUAACUCAUUGUCCGGGUGGGUUUUCAAUCAUAAGGCACAUAGCCCCAAAGGGAGGUGGGGGGCAAUACCCAGUGGGGCCUCUGGGUAGAACAGAUUGGAUGCUUAACACCUCCCCAUUUGAGGGACAAAGUUCUUGGAAACUUUCUGAUGGGUUGGGAUGCCCUGGACCAAAGUCUGCUGUCAGGAAAGGACACCAGGAGCCCAGAGUGGAGGGGACCCUGAACCCAUAACCUAGGUUCAACACCAGGCCUGAAGCUGAUGGUCCUGGCUGGUUCGGGGCAAUAUGUGUUUGAGGCUGGAAGUCCCUGAAGACCUAAGCCAUCUGGCUGAGCUUAUCAGAGUGAAAUAAAGAGCCAAGUAACUUGGCAUCUUCCUGUGGGGCAUUAGUUUGACCCGCGCAGGGAUCCGGCUCAGCAGAGAGAUCACUGUAGCAGUGAACAGGCCUGCACCAAACUGCACCAGAAUGUGUUCAACAGCGACACUGUGUGGCAGCAGCUGGAGUGGCCCAAUCAGGCAAGAAACAGCCUGACACCCAGGGACAAAGAAAGACUCCCGCCUCUCGGUUUACUCCGGGGGAAGGAUACUUUGAAUGGGAGAUGUUGGACCUCUUGAAAAUCUGGGCAUACAGAAAAUUAAAGUGUUCAGUGGAAAAAUAAAAGGCUGUGACUCUAUUUGCAGUGGUAAA